CCAAAGUCUUUGACCUGUACUACUAAUACAAGUGGUAGUAUAAUAAUUGAUUUAACCAACCAAUAGAAAAAUACUAAUGCUAUAUUUAUAUGCAGAUGAUCAUCAAAACAGUUUAAAUGAAGGGGAGCAAGUAUUGGGUUUGGUUAAAACUGAGGAGCAAACCAUGGAUGCACCAACUAACACCACCAUCUCCCACGGCGUAAUCUCCGUUAUCGGACGCCGAAGAUCCAUGGAGGAUGCUGUCACUAUUGCCCCUGCCUUAGUCCAAGUCACUAAGUUCCACUCUACCAGCAGGAGAAACGACUUGUCCGAUGAGUUGAUGAGUUAUGAUUUCUUCGCCGUGUAUGAUGGACAUGGUAGCUAUAGGGUAGCACAGAGGUGUAAGGAGAGGCUCCACCACGUCGUGGCGGAGCAGCUCCUUGUCACGGGCCGGGUGGAUCAGUGGGAGAGUGUGAUGACCACCAGCUUUGCUAGGAUGGCCAGUGAGUUAGCAGCGGAGGAUGUUGAAACCUCGGUUGUUAACACCGAGGAGGCGGUAGAGACUACCGCAUUGGUGGUCAUGUUAGGCAAGGAGGAGAUUGUGGUGACUAACUGUGGUGAUUCUAGAGCUGUUUUGUUCUGUGACGGUGCCGUGUUGCCCUUGUAACGUGACCUUAAGCCUUGUGAACGCGAUGGAGUCACUAUGAUAUCCGUUCCUGAGGUGACAGUCCACAAGCGCGGGACAUCAGAAUACUUCAUGGUGAUUGCUAGUGACGGUCUAUGGGACGUGGUGUCCAACGAAACAGUCUGCGACUUAGUAAGGAAAUGCUGUUCGGGUGAAGUAGUCAGUAGGAGAAUGGUGGAAGGGUCAAUAGGCAACUGUGCAGCUGCUUCUGCUGCCAUGCUGGUAGAGUUGGCUCUUGCUCGCGGCAGCCAAGAUAAUAUUAGUGUCAUAGUGGUUGAAUUGGGAAAGGGUCAAGGCAAUGCCGGAAGCUCAUCAGCUACUUGAUUCAUAGUCUCAAACAUAAUUAGUUGUAUGGCUAAUUAUUUUAACCCCUCCCUGAAUUACAUUAUGCACUAUACUCUUACAACGCGUAAUUGUGUAAUUGUAAUGUUCUUUCUUGACUUACUAAGAGCAAGAAACGUUUUGUUGGGAGUCUUAAAAUCAUUUCCCGUCUUUAAUAUACGUGUAUCAUAUUAGACUUUCAGUACCUUCCUUUUUAUAUCGUGUUUUUUUUAACUAUCGGUUACUAUGUACGAUAGUUCUACCAUGUAGAAGAGAGUAGAAGUUGAUGUUUUUCUUGAAGACAUAAAUCAGUAACUGG